AUGGAUAGUAACAGCAGAGUCCCCUUGUUCUUGGGGUUUGCAAACUUGCACCAAGAUGAGGAUGUUACCCCCUUCCCAUGGGUGCUCAAUGAGGGUAUGGGGAUGGACGAUCUUCGAGUGGAGCAAGAUAUAUUACCUACGAGUAAUGGGGUGAUGAGAAUAGAAGAUGAUAAUGGUGAUGCUUUUUGGGUGGUCUCCGGCUUGGCAAUGGAGGAGGAGGCCAUGGUGGCUUGGUGA